AUGGUGUUGCCUGUAUUCUACAAAGUGAAACCAGCUGACGUGGGACAUCAAAUCGGGAAUUUUGGAAAAGCAUUUCAUGAGCGUGAGAAGCGUUUGCUUGAGAGGCCUCCUUUCGACCCAACGAUCUUGGAGAAAUGGAAGAAAGCACUCGGUGAAGUCAGUACCUUGAAAGGAUACGAAGCCGAUGGGUAUGAAGCGGACUUGGUGGAAUCGAUUGUCCGAAAAGUGUUGAGCGAACUGAAGAAAAAGUUUGAGUUGCAUAUUUCUGAGAAUUUGGUUGGAAUUGAUCGUCAUGUGAAGGAGGUCAUGGAAGUUGUGGAUACUAAAAAAUCUCAUGCCACCCUAUUUCUUGGCAUCCAUGGAAUGGGAGGCAUUGGUAAGACUACUCUUGCUAAAGCCAUCUACAACAAGAUUUCCAAUCAAUACGAGCACCGUAGCUACAUUGCUGAUAUAAGGGAAUCAUGGAAGCGUAAUGGCGGACAUUAUUUAGAGAAUCAAUUAAUCUAUGAUAUAUCGAAGCGCAAAAAUGAAGUCCGUAAUGAGGAUGAAGGGGUUGAGUACAUCUCCUCCAAGUUUAAAGGUAAAAAGGUCCUCCUUCUUCUUGACGACGUGGAUGAUGUCGUUCAAUUGACGCAUUUGGCCGGUAAAUCCGUGGCCGGUAAUCCCGUGGCCGGUGAUCGUGAUUGGUUUUCUUCGGAAAGUAUGAUCAUUAUUACCACCCGAAACGAGCGUAUUCUUCAAAAGUUUGGGGUGGACCAUAUCUAUGACCACAAGGAAUUGGAUUACGAACAAUCUAUGAUUUUGUUUUGUAAACAUGCAUUUAGAAAGGAGUCUCCUCCAAGGGAAUUUGAGGGCCUCACUCAUGAAGUAGUAUCCAUCACAGGAGGGCUUCCUUUGUCCCUUGAGGUUUUAGGUUCAUUAUUCUGUGGAAAAGAGCGAAGCAAAUGGAGAGAUACGAUAAAGAAGUUAGAGAAAGUCCUUCAUUUGGACGUGCAAAAAAGGCUAAAGAUAAGUUACGAAGCAUUAGACUAUGGACAAAAACAGAUAUUUUUGGAUAUCGCUUGCUUUUUCAUUGGUACCGACAUGAGAAUCACAUCUUACAUGUGGGAUGCCUGUCACUUUUUUCCGGGGGAGAAUAUUGAAGUAUUGAGAUUUAUGUCAUUAAUAAAAAUUGGAGAUAAACAUGAGCUCGGAAUGCAUGAUCGGUUGAGAGAUCUUGGUAGGACAAUCGUUCUUGAGGAAAACCAACAACAACCUUGGCACCGUAGUAGGUUAUGGGACUCAGAGGAUGUCAAGGAAGUGCUAAAAAAAAAUAAGAAGCUCAAAUUUCUCAACCCGAUGCAUUGUCAAUACUUGGAAAAUACGGACUUCCUCUCGGCUUUUAAGAGUUUGGAGGUUUUGAUACUCACCGCUUGUCGGAGACCGCAGCAAAUCGACUCUUCAAUUGGAGGCAUGAAGGCCCUCCUUCACUUGGACUUGAGCUACUGUAAGAGUCUCACGAAGCUUCCGGAAGAAAUAGGUGAAUUAAAGGCGCCGAAGCAACUCUUUCUAGCAGAAACUCCAGAACUUUCUGCAUUACCGGAAAGCAUAGGAUCUUUGCAGAAUCUAGAAAUUCUAGAUAUUGAAUACAGUGGUAUAGAAGAAUUACCGAUGGUAUUGGGAGGCUGA